UAUCGUAAAAUGUAUCGAGGUAUUCCAGAAAAUCCAACGCUCUAAAAUAAAGUCAAAGUUUUAAUUUUUUCCAACUCAACUUUGACAAUUAAGCGCAAUAACCUUGCAAUCUGAACCAUGAGUUCAUUGAAAUGAUACUUAAGAAAGCUUUCCGGUGUCAAAUAUUAACACGAUUCAAUUUAGAAUUACGAACUUGUGAAUGCUGCGAUAAAACUUUAGUCAACAAUAACGAGAAGUCGCCAACCAACAUGUUAAAUGCAGGCAUCGCAUCGAGUCGACAAAUUUUGGAAUAUCUUAUAAUCAGCCAGCUCGCGAAAGGAAAGACAUUUGAAUGAAGCAUCUUGACGUUGCAUAUAUUGCGAUAGCUUCAACAUUGGCACAGCUCCGCGUAUUUACCAAUUAUAUACGCAAAACACAGAAGCGGAACGUCUCAAUGAGAUUUUAGGACGAUGUAUUGGUUGGCAGCUUCGAUCGAUGAUAUAUCUUAAGAACGAGCGGAGUGGGAAUACCGGUGUGAUGGCGGGAGAAAGAGCCAAUCUCUUGGAGCGAAGGUCUCGGUUUACGCGUGCAGAUCGCGACGCGCACCGGUAUCGGCAACAUAUACGUACAAUUCGAAACUCACGAGACUUUCUCGUACGCGCGUUCUCUCUCUCUCUCUCUCGAAAAUCCGCAGUGGGAUUUGGGGACUCGGCCAGUGGCAUUGGGUUUCUAAUUUUGUAUUUCGUCGCUUUGCAGAUCGAAUGUAAGUGAAGCGUGCGCGAUAUAUAACAGUCACUUGAAGUGUGCGUGUGCAGCGUGUAGAACGACAACGGCUGCAGGACUCAAGCAACGACAGCAGUAGCUACAACAAUCAUCGAGAAAAAACGAGAGGAGGAAACAUGAUGCUUACCAGAAACAUUCUGCUUAUCGGCCUGCUCGUAUGCAUUCCUGCGAUACUGCAUCUCGCCGUCGCAGCAAGAAAAGGACCCAACACUUACGGCUCGUUCGUCGGGAGUUUCAAUUCCUACAAUCACGGGGUGAGGGGUCAGGUGUACGUGAUCGACGAGUCGACCUUCUUCAUAAAAAAUUUCACUUACGAUGGCACGGCACCAACGGCCUACUUCUGGGUCACCGACUCGGUUACUCCGGCUCCCAGUGGCAUGCUCGUUCCUUAUCCUGAAAAGGAGACCAGAGAUCCGAAGCCACUGGGCCGAAUCCACAACGCCGACAUCAUUCUGAGACUACCAUCCAACGUGAAAAUCCGCGACAUCAAAUCACUAAGCGUGUGGUGUCGAAGAUUCACCGUAAACUUUGGCGACGUUAUAAUUCCAUCCAACAUAACCAUACCCCAGCCACGCGUACUGCCGGAAUUCUCAAGAUUGGCUCACGGAUUGCGCAGUGACAACAUUACCAUCCUUGAUAGUAAAACCUUCUACAUACCGAAUUUGCAUUACGAUGGCGCUGGGCCUGACGCUUAUUUCUGGGUUGGCCGAGGUGAGAGGCCCAACGUUCAUGGAAUCAGGGUGCCCAAUGAGAUGAACAGCACGCAGGUACUGAAGGGCUACGAGGGCGUGGACAUCGAGAUCGUGUUGCCUGGCAACCUCACCGUCUACGACAUCGACUGGCUGGGCGUCUGGUGUGUGCAGUACCAGCACGACUUUGGACACGUGCUCAUACCAAAGGACCUCAAUGUACCUCCCGCUCUCGGACAAACCAAGAUCGCGACAAGUAGCACAGCAGCACCAGAGCUGAGCAACUGCGUCGAGCUAUUGAGCGGCCGGGUGCAAGUUCGUUGGGAGUUGAUCAACGAUGACGUGAUAAUCGAAGUGUCGGGUCGGAUUUUGGACGACCAAUAUGUGGCGUUCGGUUUGUCGGGUCAAGAAGGUCGCCCUGAGAUGCUUGGCGCCGACAUCGUCGUCAUCGGCUACAACAAAGACCAAAAGAAAUACAUCGCCGAGGACUACUAUAUGUCUGCCUACUCACAGUGCGAUGGUAAAGAUGGAGUCUGUCCCGAUCACAGGAUUGGAGGCAAAAACGAUGCGGUACUACUCAACGGUUCGAGAAUCGACAGCAUUACCACCGUGAAGUACAAGCGACCGCUGCGCACGAACGAAUUGAUCUACGACAAAGUGAUACCCGACACGGCGACGACAAUUGUCGCGGCAAUCGGCCAGCUGAACAAGCAGUGGGAGGCCAACGCCCACCUGGCUUCGGACGUAACAACCGAAGACUUCCGCAUUGAUUUUGGUGGCCGCGGAGUGCACCAGUGUACUAACUCGCUUUACGACCAACCUAAACAACCGGAGAUCAAGGCUUGGCCACCAAUGAUGAUCGCGAAUGAGGAUACAUUCACCGCGAAGAUAGGACCCACUGGUGGCAAGAGAGGAUAUACCCGUAUUACUGGUCAGCCAUCUUGGGGAAUUGCGUGGUACAUAAACGAUAAGUUGAUACCGGAAAUAACAGUGGAGAGAGGCCAGAACAUCACCUUCAUCGUUGAAGGUGGAAAGGACAAGACCAACCCCGCAAAGUACCAUCCAUUCUACAUAACCGACAACCCGGAGGGUGGCUUUGGCCAGUUGAAUCCGUCACAGCAGCGCCGCCAGAAGGUAUUCGCGGGCGUGGCCUACGACGAGAACAACUACCCCUACCCGACCGCCGCAGGCCGCUACUGCGAGUACGUGCACAAGCGCACCGAUCAGAGCGAGAAGUCCGAAACCUUCCGUGAAUAUUUCGACACUCUCAAACUUGAGUGCGAAGAAGGUGAAUCCGCCACUCUUGAGUGGCACGUUGAAACUGAUACGCCGGAUUUGGUUUACUACCAGUGUUAUACACACAAGAACUUGGGUUGGAAAAUUCACGUGGUGAACGAAGGUAGCAGUCCAGUCACGCAGUCCGCCAGUCAAUACGCACCUUCGAUCCUCCUCGUCCUUACGUUCGCUUUGCUUGCAGCAGUUGCGCGACGCAGAUGAAUGGAAGUACAAGACUUUUGAAAAGCACACGAAAACAUUACAACCAACAGGUCAAUAUUGAAAUGAACGACAAAUAACAAGGGUAUAAAUAUUAAGAAAGUAUCCAGUUGAUCGAAAGGAAAAGAAAAAUAUGAAAGUAACGAGCUGGUGAUAAAAGUGGGCUUGUCGAUAACCCUGCUCAACUAUAGUAAAACACACACGAUACAAGGUUGUAUGAAAGUAAUUAGCCCGUAAGCGCGUAUUGAGAAGAUUUAUCGAGAUAUUUUUAAGAGCUAACAGAUUAAAAUAUUUCAUAUUCUAUAUAUAUAUUAUAAGAGCGACAAGACAAAACUUAUACACUCAAACCUUAUACAUAGUGUAUAUGUUAAGAAAAAUAACAAAGACGUUUACACGUAGGUUGAAUGGAUAAAAACUUGCGUUGCAUUCGGAAACCGAUGAUAAUAAUCGUGACAUUUGACAAUAAAUUUAAUCGGACAUAUGAACGUUUUGACAAUAAAUGAAACGGUCUUUGUAUAGAAAACAAAUAUUAUGAUUAUCGCAAUAGUAAUUUCUCAACAUUCAUCGAAUAAUAAAAGUACACUGAAGUGAUGAUUAGGUAACUAUAUUAAUUAUGGACUUGAGCGUUCCUAAGUUAUCUUUAAUAUGUUCUAACAUCUUUGGAUUAAAAAUUGUUCACUUUGUUUGAAUCUUAAUAUAAUUAGCGAUGAUAAUGAAAAGCUUAAAAAUAUAGAUCGAAUCAAGACAAUAAUCCAUAGCAUUUUAUUAGUUUAUUUGCAAUUGAUUUUGAAAUCAACUUAGAAAUGUGAAAGUCCGGUAAAAAAUGUACAUUUUGCACAAAAUAAAAAUUAGAAUUGUAUUAAGGUGAGUAUUCAUAAGAUGAACUCCGGUAGACAAUAAGGAUACUAAUUGACUACAAAUGCUGUUCGACAAUAAUAAUGCGGUAGACUAAGUAAAAAUGUUAUAUUAUUAGAUAAUAAAGGCUGAGAGAUGGAGAUUAGUGACAAUAAAUUUAUUAAUUCUUUCUCUCAUCUGCCACAAAAUGAAUUUGAAAGAUCUACGUAAAUAUAUAUAUAGCUAAAAUGAUUCAUUAUCAUGUCAUUAUAAUCGGAUUAGGCUGACAACAAACGCUGUAUUCAAUAUGUGUAAAUUUAAAAAAAGGGACGAAAAGGUAACGAGACGAAAGUAGAAAAAAAUAUGAGCUACGGAGGAUCUUCCUAAUAAACGGAAUGAAAGUAUAAUUGUGCCUGAAAUAUUAUUAUUAUUAUUAUUACUUACAACACAAUUGAGACGGAACAGACGCAUAGUAAGAGUAUAACUGUCAAAUGGCCUCGCGAACAUUUGGAAAUUCAGUCCCUUGAGCUUUUAAACAAUUAUCUUUUCUGCUUUGAACGCACUAAGAAAAAGUCGUUCGAAGAAAUGUUAAUAUACCGUUGGUGCGAUAACAUGAAUGUAAGAUGGCUUGAAGAUUUUUUAUCAACGUAAAAAUGGAAAGUUUCAAUUAAAUAUCAAGUGACAAGUCCCUGACAUUGUAACUCAUUAAAAAUAUGAAUUCAAAUAAAAUGUUGAGUAAUCAAUAUUAUAUGUACAUUUAAAUGUUGACCUAUGCAUUUUAACGCAAACACCGAUUUUAACACUAACACGUUUGUAACGUAUGAAUUAACAAACUUCUACUCAUAGUACCAUCACAGGUGAGAAAGUAUUAAAACGCUCAAGGGAUACUAACAAAAAUUUACUAAAAACUUACAAGUGAGAAUGACCAAAUUAGAUUAUUGAUGUUACCAACUUCGUAAUCCUUUUGGAAGUGAUACAGAAGGAGUGUAAAAAGCCAAGAAAUCAACUAAAUACAUAAUCAGUCCAUGACAUUGAGUGAUGGUAAUAAUUCUAAGUGAAAGAUACACAUGAAGAAUGUUAGUAAACGAUUUAAUUCCAAAUGCCGCGAGGUCUAUGUAUAUGAAUGUUUUUGAAUUUGAAUGUCAAUGAAAAAAAUUUAAUAUUAAAUGCCCUUUCAACUAUUUCUUACGACUUAUUCGUAAAUAGCUUCAUAAAAAGGAUAAUUAGCUGAAAUUAAUUACUGGGCUUGGUAAUUAUUAGGACUGUGAAAAUUCCUUUAUGUGCGAUUAUUUGUUUGAUUCGCGUUAAAAUCAUUGAUAAUAUAUCUUUCUUAAAACAUUUCGAUUAUGAGCGUUAAAACAAAACGCUACUGUAUAGCUAUCGUUUGAAGCGUCCAUAUAUAAGAGCAAUUAAGGGAAAUAACGUAGACAUGAAUGCUGAAAAUGCAAGUGUUGUUUAUCGCGAAUUCUUCGAUGCGCACAUAGGCAAGGGACAUAUACAUAAUAUAUUAUUAUAAUACAUUAAUAUAGUGGUUAAAUUUGGCUUGAAUAUAAAUACAAGUCACACUGGGUGAUGUAUGACAAUAAAUAUUAUUAAGAUAAAAGCUGACACGUUUCAAUGGGCUGUCCCGAAGAAAAUUAAUAGUGAAGAAUUUAAAAGGAAUUCGUAAUUAUGAAGCUUUUUUUCAAAGCUUGAUAGAAUUAACCUUGCCCUUCACUAUCGACAAUGAAGUUUAUAGAACAAAUUAUAUUACAUUUUGAUCCGUACUUAAAAUAUUAAACACCUGACAAUAAUAUGAUUCAAUCGAAUACAUUGAAUUGUUUCAAAUUUGUGAGAAUUUCAGCAAACUUACAAUAAACUAUUGACAAUAAUGAAUAUGAAAAGGUGAAAAUUUAGACAGUAAAACAAUUUUCUUUUUACGGGUCAGCUUCAUGAUGUCCACGGUUGCUAAUAAUAAUUGAAUAAUAUAGUGAAUAAUUUACAUUAUCUACUUAAUUAUAUCUAACCAUUGAUGGUAAAUAAGUAUUUGGUUAUAUUUUUAAACAAACUUUGCAAAUUAUUGGUUACAUUAUGUUACAUUUA